UUCCAAAUUUCCGAUAAUUCCUAUUCUAUGACAAACCUGUUUCCCUAACUUGAAAUUGGCAUAAUCUACGUACAAUUGCCAUUUAAAAAAAUAAAGAACCUGCAAGAACAUAAAACUUUUUGGUUGUAACUCAUAUUUUCUUCAUUCUUAUAACUACUGUACUUGCUUAUUCACGUAACAAUAAAGUUUAAGUAAUAAUUAAUCACUCUACUUAAAUAAAUAUUACAUUUAAUUCCUGAUCGCUACGCGAACCUAUAAGAUGAAUCCAAUAAAUCAGAUUUUUCGCGUAACACGCCCAAUAUACAGGAAGCUGUCUACAACAGCUCCUGUCGCCGCCGCUAAACCUAUUCCACCAACAGGAUUUUGUUUUGAGUUAAAUGAUGAACAAAAGGCUUUGCAGGAUCUUGCUCGCAAAUUCACUAAGGAAGAAAUAGUUCCUGCUGCAGCUCACUAUGACAAAACUGGAGAAUACCCAUGGCCCAUUGUAAAGAAAGCAUGGGAGGUGGGCCUUAUGAACGGACAUGUUCCUGAGCAUUGCGGGGGACUAGGGAACUUUGGAGUUUUCGACGAAUGUCUAAUCGCAGAGGAAUUUGCAUUCGGGUGUACGGGUAUAACGACGGCCGUUGGAGGCACGGCGCUAGGACAAACUCCGGUCAUUAUCGCCGGUAAUGAGCAACAGCAAAAGAAAUACCUUGGACGUUUAAUUGAAGAACCUCUUGUGGCUGCUUACUGUGUGACCGAACCGGGCGCUGGAUCUGAUGUAGCCGGUAUAAAAACUAAAGCUGAGAAAAAGGGUGACGAAUGGAUUUUGAAUGGUCAGAAAAUGUGGAUCACCAAUGGUGGUGUCGCAAACUGGUACUUCGUGCUAGCUCGUACCAACCCUGACCCCAAAUGCCCAGCAAGCAAGGCCUUCACAGGAUUCAUUGUGGAGAGGGAAUGGGCUGGCGUCAAUCCCGGUCGUAAGGAGCAAAACAUGGGGCAACGUGCUUCAGACACCCGCGGCAUCACAUUCGAGGAUGUCAAGAUUCCUAAAGAGAAUGUGCUCAUCGGCGAAGGGGCUGGCUUCAAGAUCGCCAUGGGAGCCUUCGACAAAACUCGCCCUCCGGUAGCUGCAGGUGCAACCGGCUUGGCGCAACGAGCUCUCCACGAAGCCACCAAGUACUCGCUGGAACGUAAAGCGUUCGGCGUGCCCAUCGCCAGACACCAGGCCGUUGCGUUCAUCCUCGCCGAUAUGGCGAUAGGCGUGGAGACAGCGCGUCUCGCUUGGCAAAGGGCCGCAUGGAUGGUCGACCACGGUCAAAAGAACACCGUAAUGGCUUCAGUAGCGAAAUGCCACGCUUCCGAGAUCGCAAACAAAGCAGCUUCUGAUGCCGUCCAGGUGUUCGGCGGUAACGGCUUCAACACGGAAUAUCCAGUCGAGAAGCUUAUGAGAGAUGCUAAGAUCUACCAGAUCUACGAAGGAACAUCACAAAUUCAAAGACUUAUUAUUUCUAGAGAAAUUCUGACUGCUGCCACCCAAACCAAUUGAUUUUUUAAAGAAUAUUUCUUAGAGGCUUAUGGGUAAAAUAUUAAAAAUUUUGAGACAAUUAUAUAUACAUUAUCUUUGAUAUGUAGAUAUUUUGUGUUAUUAUCAAACGAAGUAGUUUAACUUGCAAUCAAAUACAAGGUUAACCGUCUCGUACAUCCAGGGCGCUUAAAUAAACUGAAGCCUGGCUCUGCCAUUUUCACAUCUAACUACUGUUCCAGGCCUACGCAAAUAUUUUUUAUUAAUUUACUAUACUCUUUAAUUUUAUAAUUUAGGCUCUGUUUCACAAUGUUAACCUCAUAUGCCAAUUAAACCAACUGUUUUCUUUACUAUAUGUUCGGAAGCUUGAUUUUCUUGUAUUUUGUCGUUCUAUAUUAUAUUAGACCAUUGGCGUUUACUCAGAUAUCUUGAAACAGACCCUAGCUCGAAAAGUUGGAUCUACAUCGUUAAUUUAACUGUUUUGGUCACAAUUUUAAGACUUUUUGUUAAUAAUUUAUUGUUUUCUUUAUAUAUUAUGAAUAUAUAAUUUCACUGGUUUA